GGUCGCCGGCGCUAGUGUUGGGGAAUAGGGAGUGUCCUAUCCAGGAAUACUUCAUCCAUGUUGUCACAUUGAUCACAUUGUCAAUGAUUGUCAAUCAAAGAGAUAAGCGCUGCAGAUGUGAUCGGAACCGCAGAGCAGGAGAUGACGACCACGGAUAUAAAGUCGGCCGGGGCGCAGCCGAGUGGCAUUCUCAGCUCAGUACCAACAUCGAACGAUGCGGCGCCCGGUUCUUCUCUUCGCGGUAAUCGCUCUGGCCAACGCCAACAGCGUCAAUGAGCCCCCUCCGAAGCACUACGGGGCGCCGAAGUACCCCUACCGCCGCCCGCUGGGCGCUGACGGCGCGGUCGGCGCGGCCGCGGACACCCUGCUCACUCCCAGCCUCACCAGCGUCAACGUGAACCCGCUGAUCGGCGCCAGCGGCCUGCCGCUGGACCCCUCCAGCACCGACAUCAGCGAGCAGGGCAGCUUCCUCGUCGAGGACAGCCUGGCGCCGGCCGAUGGCGGCCUCCCGCUCGGACUGCGCAGCGACUCUCGCCUGAACGGCUUCGACCUCCGCACCGACGGCGGCCCCAUCACCCCUGACUCGGUGACCAUCGACGAGGGUGCGCUGCGUGAGCUGGCCGCCGGCGACCCCGGCCUGCUGGACGCGCCGCUGGCCAGCUCUCUGGCCGGCAAUGACCUCGAGGACGGCUCCGAACUGGUGACCGAAGGUGGUCGGCGGCGGCGGCGCUACCGCUGGUUCAUUUCGUUCCUGGAGCCGUCCACACGCGGCCGGCGGUACACGUGGCGCCAGGCGGCCUACCAGUGCGCCCGCCGCGGACUGGUGCUCGUCUCCAUCGAGAACUUCCGCAAAGACCGGGCCGUCAACAGCGUGCUCGACAGACUCGACAGCGGCCGUCUGCUGCCGAUCGUAUGGACGUCGGGUACGCGGCGCGGACGACGGUUCCAGUGGCGCACGGGGCAGACGAUCGGCACGCCGGGCAGCUACACCAAUUGGGGCACCAGCGGCCCGCUCGGCCGCCGGCAGCCCGAUAACGCGUUCGGCAACGAGUUCUGCCUGGCGGCGCUCAAGUCGCCCACCCGGCGCCGCUCCGUCUGGCACGACGUGGCCUGCAACAACAUCGCAGAGUUCAUCUGCGAGCGGCCCUACCGCCGCAACAGGGUCGCUGUUUUUGAUGGGUUAUUCGGCGACAACGACGACAGGAAAUGAUAUUCGGCGAGGAAUAUCUACCAUGCGUCCCAAUAAAAAGUUUACUCGGCUAAAUGCCAAUAACUUCUGUACUGGUCAUCUGACAAACUCGAGUGACACACCAUUCAACUCCAUGUGACAUGGCACAACUAAUGACACCAAAUAUGUUCCCACCUGCAGGCGACUCUCCUUAGAGGAGGUGCUCGAAAUAACAGCCCGUGCGCCA